GUAGGACUUCAGCUGCAAUUGGAGACAAGAGAUAGCGUCUUUUUAAGAUCCUGUUCUAUUUGCUAUGCAAAUUCUCACUCUUCACAGCAGUCACAAUUCAGAAAGAGAUCAGACUUUCAGACUCCUUUUUCUCAAACCUCAAAACCUCCUCUCCAAGCUUGACUCUCAAUUGGCAACUUUGCUUCCUAUUUCUCUGAGAAAAUAGAAGCCAUCGAAAGAGAACAACUGUCACACCCAUCCUCACCUCUGUCUCCACCUACCCGCACCUGGGCUCCUGGGCUCUGCCUUCUCUCCUGACUGGGUCGGCUUCACCCCAGCUCUGAGACUUCCAGCUCAACGAUGGCCCCAGACCCCCGGGAGGGCUGCUUCUGGUCAUGGGGGCUUCUUCUGUGGCUCAGUGUUGGAAGUACAGGAGAUGCACCUCCUACCCCACAGACAAAGUGCACGGACUUCCAGAAUGCUAAUCUUCUCCAAGGCACCAAUCUCAAAGCCCACUUUCUCCUCUUCACCCCUUCUGAUCCUCUCUGUGGGCAGCUCGUGGAAGAAAGUAGUGACAUCCGGAACUUGGGGUUCAAUGCCACUCUAGGAACCAAGCUAGUUAUCCAUGGAUUCAGGGCUUUAGGAACAAAGCCUUCCUGGAUUGACAAAUUCAUCAGUGCCCUUCUGCAGGCAGCAGACGCUAACGUGAUCGCUGUGGACUGGGUUUAUGGCUCUACAGGUGUCUACUUCUCAGCCGUGGAAAAUGUGGUUAAGCUGGGACUCGAGAUCUCCCGUUUCCUCCGUAAGCUCCUGGUGCUGGGUGUGUCAGAGUCCUCAAUCCACAUCAUUGGUGUCAGCCUGGGGGCCCAUGUGGGGGGCAUGGUAGGACAUUUCUACAAAGGCCAGCUGGGACAGAUCACAGGCCUGGACCCUGCUGGACCGGAGUACACAAGAGCCAGCCUGGAGGAGCGCCUGGACCCUGGGGACGCCCUCUUUGUGGAAGCCAUCCACACAGACACGGACAAUUUGGGUAUUCGGAUUCCUGUUGGACAUGUGGACUACUACAUCAACGGAGGCCAAGACCAACCCGGCUGUCCCACCUCCAUUUCUGCAGGCUACAGUUAUCUGAUCUGUGAUCACAUGAGGGCUGUGCACAUCUACAUCAGUGCCCUGGAGAAUUCCUGUCCAUUGAUGGCCUUUCCUUGUACCAGCUACAAGGUCUUCCUUGCUGGACACUGUCUGGAUUGUUUCAACCCUUUUCUGCUUUCCUGUCCAAGGAUCGGACUGGUGGAACAAGGUGGUGUUAAGAUAGAGCCACUUCCCAAGGAAGUGAAGGUCUACCUCCUGACCACUUCCACGGCUCCAUAUUGCGUGCAUCACAGCCUUGUGGAGUUUUACUUGCUGAAGCUGAGAAACCAGGACACCUGCAUCACGGUCACCUUCCUUAGCAGCAGUGUCACCUCCUCGGUCACGAUCACCAUACCUAGACAGCAACGCCACGGGAAAGGAAUCAUAGCUCACCCCAGCCCUCAGUGCCAGAUAAACCAGGUGAAACUCAAGUUUCAGCCUUCCAACCGAGUUUGGAAAAAAGACCGGACUAUCGUUAUCGGGAUGUUCUGCACUGCUCCUUUGCCCGUCCAUGACAAUAGAAGGACCGUCUGCUUACCUGAGCCAGUGAACUUACAAGCAAGUGAGACUGUUUCUCAUGACCUGAAAAUAACCUGUAUAUAGUUACAUAAGGGCAGGAUACAUCUCCCUGGAUUGGGGGUGGCGGUUCAACUUAUUCUAAGCCAUUACUACUAAGAAAGAACACAAAAGUCUUGGUUAUUUUCCGCAUAAUUAGCUACCUUAGAGAGGAGAGAGAGCUCAUUUUACAGAGCUUUAUCUCCAUUGUGAAUUUAAAGAAGCUUACAGAGAUACCAUUUCAACUUUCCUAUUCAUACUUAACUGCAAUUGCCCCAUAUCCUUGGACAUCUGUACCUAGGAUUCAACAGAAACAUAUACAGGAAAAAGGCUCUUUUUUUUUUUUCAAAUAAAACUCCAUGGAAUAUCUGAAUCGUUUGUUUUAUUGGUAUGGAAUUCUGUUAUGUACA